AUGCAGUCAGCCGCUGAGCUGCACGGUGCCUCUGCAGUGACGCAGUGGCUUUGCUCUGCCAACGUCGCAUGCAGUCAGCCGCUGAGCUGCACGGUGCCUGUUGCCGAUGCAGAGACGGAAUUAGAAGGAAGCGAAGCGGAGGCUGCUGCUUCAGAGCACUUAGCAAGCGUUGGGUUGGCCUCUGCCACAGCAACAGCAACAGCAGCAGCUGCUGCUGUUCCUGCUGGCGGUGCUGUUUCUGACAACCUGCAAUGUCAGGAUUCUGUUGAAGGUGAGGAGCAUUGCAUUGCGGACGGCGGCACGGAUUGCGCACCGUCGACUCCUAGGGCAACGAGGGGAGCCAGGGAACGCCUUUUGGACGGACGUAAGCGAGUGACAGCGGCUGGAACUGUUGUGGGCGACGGGGGCGAUGGGUGUAGGACUGCUGUAUCACCAGAAGCCCUCUUGGGGUUUGAGCGGGAGCUGGCUAAACUGGAGAAGACUGCAGAUGCAGCCAUUGCCUGUGAGCAUUCUCUGCUGCCCGAUAUGGGUCGACAGGGAGAGGGUGUGAGUGAGGAAGGCGCGAAGGCAGCAGCAGCGGCAACAACGGAGGGAAUGCAACAAGAUCAGCGACAGAAACAGAAACUAUGGAAGUCGUUGCAGUCCAUGUUGGCGACCUCUUCGCGCCGUUCCGUUGAUGUGGUUCAACAGACAGCAAGCACAGCUGCUUCGGCGGCUGGGGCGGCCAGUAGGGCUCUAGAUGGUUUAGUGAUGCCCCUCUUGGGUAGGUGCAUGCAGCCCACGACGAACGCGCGAGGCGGCAGUCAGGAGGCAGGUUCAGAAGAAGAAAACGGCCCAGAAAGAGCAGGAAGGAAAGAGGAGGGGCAGGGAGACCUACAGGGUGUUCAGAAGAAGAAAACGGCCCAGAAAGAGCAGGAAGGAAAGAGGAGGGGCAGGGAGACCUACAGGGUGUUGAGGGGGAAGCAGGGGAACAAUCACAGGGAGAUCAAUCAACUACUGGUUAGCGGAGUAUGGGCUGGCGUUAAAGUGGGUUUAGGCAUAGCUACCUUGGCCUCGGGUCACUUAAUUUUGGGGGGCGCGAUGGUAGCAGUGGCUACGAGUUCUCUAGGGAGUGCUCUGCUGUGGGGCCGGCAUCGACAGGAAGUGUAUGAGAUAAUGCGCGGCGAUUACACAGGAGAUGCUGAAGCGUCUCAGGCGACAUCUGAAGGUUCGAGCAGUGCCGAGGGAAAUACGGAAGAAGGGUCUGGGGGGUCGGGGAUGCUCAGCGGCACCGCCGGUGGGGGCACAGACAGCUGCACAGAGACACAAACUCCUCCCCAGUCUUCGAUAGCUCCCCAGUCGUGUGAUGCUGAAGAGAAGAGAGAAGAGAAGAGAGAUGAAACGGACUGCAACAACGCAACCAUCGAUGCGCUAACAGGGCCUGGGGAUGACAGCGGGGAUGCGCAGGCCUCAACGUAA